AUGAAGCUCGUUCGAGUUGGCCUGUUAUCUGCCGCAUUCGCCACAUUCGUGAAUGGUUUCUCUUUUUCCGAGCUUACGCCCGACGAGGAGAGUCGCAUCUACGGCGGCUCGAAUGCAGAGAUUGGCAAGCAUCUGUACAUUGCAAGCCUUCAUUCUAACGGCUCCGACAGUGAGUUGUUUUGUGGUGGCACAUUGAUCGCGCCUCAGUAUAUCCUCACCGCUGGUCAUUGCUUGGAUUGGCCCAUGUACGACGUGUACGUUUCACUCGGAUCGAAACACCGGUCAGGUGGGGGCUCUCAAAAGGCCGAAAUGAUACGUGCUGUGGAGGCUUAUCGCCACCCACUGUACCAAUUGUCGGCUGAUUGGACGACCCUCACGCACGAUGUGGCAUUGCUCACACUUGAGACACCAUCCAAGAUUCAGCCAGCGCGUCUGGCUUCUGCAGAUGGAUCUGACAACAAGCCUGGUAUGAUGGCUACGACCCUCGGCUGGGGUCUGGUGAACAACGAGACUGGCAGCGAGACCCUCCAAACCGUGGAUGUCGAGAUCAUUACGAACAAGAAAUGUGCCAAAAUGUACGCGGACGCUCGCGAAAAUUCGGCUGUGGAUGAUUCGGUUAUCUGCGCCGGUCACGGGAACGAAAAGGACUCCUGUAGUGGCGACUCUGGUGGGCCUCUUCUAGUGAGCAAUGUGGUCGUGGGGGUUGUGAGUGGUGGACCUGAUGAAUGUGGCGUAUUGCCUGGAAUAUACGCUCGCGUAUCCAUCGCGCUGGGGUUUAUUAGCGAUAUUCAAAACGGUGGAUCCACUGGAGAUGUCACGGCUGCUGACCGCUGGAAGAACCGAUGUCAUUGA